GUACAAUGGGCGUGAAUUUUACUACUUAUAUCCGAUGAAAUGGAAAAUGUGAAAUAGGGGACAUUUUGGAGCUGUUAAGGAAGUGUGGCUUCUGCUGCUGAACUACUUCACAUUAACCAGGAUGGAAAGACUUUAAUCGGAGAGUUUCUGAGUUGACGUGCCGUGCAAUGGCCCCAGAGGUCGCCGAGCAGAUGCCAUAUUCAAGGUUGACUCCCGAUAUUAACGACGGUUGUAUUUCCUUUUUGCUUUGGCAGGAGUAGUAAGGACCGUAUGUAGCGAGUGUAGUAUAAACACAGCAUCCAUAUGUCACGGUAGAGCAUGGACGGGUGGAGCCCAAUCGUUGCAACAGCGUCGGAUAAUGACCGAUCAAGCUCCGAGGGGGAGUACAUGGUGGAGCCCGGACCCGAAGAUGAAACCAGGGAGGCGGUGGGCACGGAGCAGCAGGAUAACGGGGGGAGGAUGGACGACGGGGGUACCGCUGUCGGGUUUGGAAUAAGUGGGACUGGGGAGGGCAAGGUGGUGUUAGGUCGAGUCGGACAGAGAGACGACAAAGAACUCAGGUACCUGCACUUGUUGUGGGAGCCCGGACGAGCAGAGUUUAGCGCCGCAGGCGUGACGAGCAAGCUGGGGAAGAUGACGGGGAGCAGGGCCAGGCGGCAACACAGGGUUGUGCGGAACCUUGGUCCUAUUGGUAAAGAUAUUUACGCUGUGAAAAGACUGAGGGAAGCGGCGAACAGCAAUGACAUCGACACAGUUCGAAAGCUCCUGCAAGAUGACAUAGACCCCUGUGCAGCAGAUGACAAGGGAAGAACUGCCCUUCAUUUCUCUUCCUGCAAUGGCAAUGAGAGCAUUGUGCAGUUGUUGCUAAGCCACGGCGCUGACCCCAACCAGCGAGACAGUCUGGGGAAUACCCCCCUCCAUCUGGCGGCUUGUACCAACCAUGUGCCUGUAAUCACCACAUUGCUGAGAGGAGGAGCCCGUGUGGAUGCCCUCGACCGAGCAGGAAGGACCCCUCUGCACCUAGCACGCUCCAAACUUAAUAUUCUGCAGGAGGGAGAUUCACACAGCUUAGAAACCCUGAGAGGGGAAGUCACACAGAUUAUUCAAAUGCUGAGGGAGUACCUGAACUUAAUGGGUCAGAGUGAAGCUAAAGAGAGGCUGGAGCACAUUUCAACACAGCUGCAGCACACACGCACCAAAGAGCAGGUGGAUGAGGUGACCGAUUUAUUGGCCAGUUUUACAUCACUCAGUCUACAGAAACAGAAUUUGGGAGAUAGGUAGAAGAUAACGUGUACAAAGAGCUGAAGUCCUGCUCCUUUUCAAGCUAGCCUCAGCUUCGCUAGCCAAGCAAAUGGUGAACCAUACUGAUGGGUUUUUCUGUCCAUAUUCCAAACAACAAUGUUUAUAUAUAGUACUACUGUAAUGGACAGUAACAUUCGAGCACCACGUAAUUUUAACCAAGAUAAGACAAUGAUUUUUGUUAACAUUUACAGCUCUGGUGAAGUUUUGAAAGUGUACCUGUGGCUAAAAAUAUGCUAAUAAUGCUAACAAAAAUAUUGUUACUUUGAUUGAAAUGAGAAGAUGUUAAAAUUUUAAUGACCAGCACUAUAGUGUAGUAGAUAUCAAUUUAGCUUAUGGACAGAAAGAAUGUUUAAACAUGUUAGCUUUUCAGAAAGGGGAUUAAAGUAACUUAGAAAAAUAGAUUGAGAACAGGAAGCUAGUGGAACAGAAGAAGCUAACACACAGGUGCAGUGGGACGUCAGCUCUCUAGUGUGUGUGUGUGUGUGUGUGUGUGUGUGUGUGUGUGUGUGUCACAGCUGGGUGCUGAUGUGCUCUUUUUGCCUGCCUUUAUUAGCUCAAUGUUCUAUGAUAAUUAAAAGACAUAUUUCUCAUGAAGUGAUUAAACACUUCUCACUGUUGUAUUUUUGGUUUUCUUAUCAACAGCAUCACCAGAUAUCUCGUUGCCUUUUCUCUUGUAUUGCAUGUCAUGUUUGCAUGUGAACUGUAGUGUAAGAAUUGAUUUGGCUGUUGUUGGAUAUGGAUAUUAUGUGAAUCAAUAAAUCAUUAUGUUUGACUAUA